AUGCGCCUGUCAUUCUGCAUUGUUAAUGGUUUCUCUACCUCCUACCAACCUCCCCACUUCUUCUCGGCUCAUUCAGCAAGAAAAUAUCCAUUGAUCCAAACGGCUGCCGACAUGCGCUAUCUUCACGAUUUGAAUGUCCAAAUAUCGCAGAAUCGCCGUUCCGUUUCCGUUUCGAAGCAAAUGGACCGGGAUCUGUGCAACCAGCAUUUCGACACCUUCGAGACCUUCUGGGGACGGCCAGGACACGGAGCCCGCGGCGACAAGAUUAACAAAUUGAAGCUGGACAAUCUGCUGUAUGGCGCCAGUGAGUCGGCCUAG